AUGCUGUCGGACGUCGCCUCCGCCCUUGACUACCUCCACAACUUCGAGCCACCCAUUUUGCACCGCGAUCUGAAGAGCCUGAACAUGAUGCUCCUGGACCAGGUGACGAACGAGCACGACAACGUCGUCGUCAAGCUGGGAGACUUCGGCUUCGCCAGGAUCCUCGAGGAGAUCAGGAGCAUGACGCGUGGCGUCGGCACGAAGCACUGGAUGGCGCCGGAGGUCCUCGCAGGCACCAAUUACACCGAGAAGGCCGACAUUUUCUCUUUCGCUAUGGCGGCAUUUGAGGUGAUUUGCAGACAGGUGCCGUUCGAGAUGCUCGACCCGACCUCCGUGGCGCAGGCGAUCAGCCGGGGCGAGCGGCCCGAGUGGCCAGACCCGCAGGACGACCUGAUGCCGAACAUGCCCGACGGCGCGUGGGCGUGCGCCAGGCGGCGGCAGGCCGCGAUGGCGCGUCCCGCGGGGGCGACAGCGAGUCGGGAGCGCAGGACGUCGAGGCGUUCCUCAAGAACCUCGUCGAGAACGGAGGCACAACGGGGCCGUCGCCGACGUUGUCCGCUGAAGGUGGGCGCCCGCUGUUGCCCCCCCGCCGCGGCGGUGGCAGCGCCGGAGCAGGUGGAUGCGGCCAUCGUGCUCUUCGGCUUUUCGGCGACGUUCCCGUCGACUUCGCGGAAGUAUUCAGUGGACAUGGCGGAAGGCGGGCUUCCCCAGCAACGCAAUUCAGGUGCUGAAGUCGCAGUACCACAAGACCGUCGGCACGCUCAUGCUUCACGGGCGGCUGUGGGUGAUCGCCCAACCACUGGCCAGAUUAAGGGCGAGAUCGAGAGGCUGCGGAAUAUUGUCCAGGAGAACUUCAGGCUGUGA